AUGGCGUACUCCACCACCACGGUGGCCCUGCAGGUCGUCGGCCUGCUGCUCGUGCUCACAGCCGCUGCUGCCUCCGCCACCACCGGGUCCGCCGCCCACGUCAACACGUCGUGUGUCACCGGCAGCGCCGGCGCCACCGUGAGCAUCGGCUACGGCGGGGCAAGGGCCAGCGCCGGCGCCGGCGUGUCCCUCGGUUCCGGCGUGUACCAGGCGACCUGCCCCCGCGCCGAGGAGAUCGUCCGCGCGGCCGUCGAGAGGGCCGUCGCCGCCGACCCGCGCAUGGCGGCGUCCCUCCUCCGCCUCCAUUUCCAUGACUGUUUCGUCAACGGCUGCGACGGCUCCGUGCUCCUGGACGACAAGCCGCCAUUCUUCGUCGGUGAGAAGACGGCCGUGCCCAACGCCAACUCCCUUAGGGGCUUCGAGGUCAUCGACACAAUCAAGGCCGAGCUGGAGCGAGAGUGCCCAGAGACAGUCUCCUGCGCCGACCUCCUCGCCAUCGCCGCCCGUGACUCCGUCGUGGUGUCCGGCGGGCCGAGCUGGGAGGUAGAGGCCGGCCGGAAGGACAGCCGCACCGCCAGCCUUCAGGGCGCCAACACCAACCUCCCGGCGCCGACGUCCGGCGUCGCCACCCUCGUGCAGAAGUUCAGGAACGUCGGCCUCUCUGCCAAGGACAUGGUCGCCCUCUCAGGCGCGCACACCAUCGGGAAGGCACGGUGCACCUCGUUCAGCGCGCGCCUCUCCGGCGCCCGCGUAUCGGCCGGCGCCGUCGGGGCGUCCAAGGACCUGACCUUCCUGCAGUCGCUGCAGCAGCUGUGCUCGGGAUCGGCGGGAUCGGCGCUGGCGCACCUGGACCUCGCCACCCCGGCCACCUUCGACAACCAGUACUACAUCAACCUGCUCUCCGGCGACGGCCUGCUGCCGUCCGACCAGGCGCUAGCGGCGUCGCCGGCAGGCGCCGUGCCCGGGACAGACGACGACGACGUCGCCAGCCUCGUGGCCGCCUACGCGUUCGACGCGUCCGUCUUCUUACAGGACUUUGCGGAGUCCAUGCUGCGUAUGGGGAGGCUCGCGCCAGGCGGUGGCGACGACGGCGAGGUCCGCGUGAACUGCCGCGUGGUGAACAGCUCCAGCUAG